AUGCCCGAGCCAGCCAAGUCCGCUCCCGCCCCGAAGAAGGGCUCCAAGAAGGCGGUAACCAAGGCGCAGAAGAAGGACGGCAAGAAGCGCAAGCGCAGUCGCAAGGAGAGCUACUCGGUGUACGUGUACAAGGUGCUGAAGCAGGUGCACCCCGACACCGGCAUCUCGUCCAAGGCCAUGGGCAUCAUGAACUCGUUCGUCAACGACAUCUUCGAGCGCAUCGCUGGCGAGGCGUCGCGCCUGGCGCACUACAACAAGCGCUCGACCAUCACGUCGCGGGAGAUCCAGACGGCCGUGCGCCUGCUGCUGCCCGGGGAGCUGGCCAAGCACGCCGUGUCCGAGGGCACCAAGGCCGUCACCAAGUACACCAGCUCCAAGUAAAGGGUCCUGAGACUGCGUUGAUUAAACCCAAAGGCUCUUUUCAGAGCCACCCACCACCUAAAAAGUGCUGGAGCUCUUUUAUAUCACUUAUUCCUGGCUUAUGCGUAUGCGUGUUUUGCAAGAAUGAAUGACAAAACUAUGGUUACCCUGCAAUUAAAGGUCACAAUGCGCUGUUGGCUGCCAAACCCGUGGAGUGUUAGACUCGGGCGCUUGAGCGCACACACCACUUCCAUGGCCGAGAACGUCUUGCACUUUACGUAUUACGUGUGGGUGACAGUGUGCGGGUCAGACUUAGAGCACUCUUCGGUUCUCCUCGCAGAUGAGCCCGAGAUUCGCUUGAUGUCACCGGGAUGCACCAGGAGGCACACUUAGGGCUUGGUGAUUACUGGUUGUUGUAAUUUAGCACCUUGAGGGCGCGCUUGGCCCCGCCUCAUCCCCCUCCCCGGACGGAACGUGCUCUGUAACACAAACCAAAAUCGGUUACGCGCACCAAACCGCUGGGCUUUUAUUUCAAGGCUUCGGACUAAGUUGAAAACUGGAAGAACAGCCUUGCAAACCUCAUUGUUGUAGUUCCGCCUCCUUUCCGUGUUCCAAACAGAUGUGGAGGAGGAGACUACCCACCCCGGCUGCUGGCAGGCAUCCAGGCUAUCUUGGAAUAUCCAGGCUAUCUUGGAAACAGGCUGGCUGUUUACAGAAAUCUUGAGGGGCCUCUAGUCUCCGAAAUAUUUUUUUUUUUUUUUUUAGGCAAGAAAUUGCUUGAUUUGUGAAGAUGGCUCUCUGCUUGCAGAGGUGGAAACCUAGUGUAAGGAAGCUCGAAGCAUACGUUGGAUCGGAUGAAAGAACUGGAUUCUGGCGCCAGUUGCAGCAUUCGCCAUGUAACACGGAUAAAUUUAAGGACUCAGUUAUCGGUUUUUCUGUGGAAUUAAUGUAUUAUGAGAAAGCAUACUGUGUACAGUUUGGCAUGUAACUGGGUUGGAUUUGUGUUAACUUAUUAGAAGAGCACCAUAAUGAAGUAAGUCCUGCUAUCUUUGGUUUCUCAAAUGCUGAAGGUCAUAAAGCAGAAAGUGGGGUGAAUAGGACUCAGGCAGCCAAGCUCAGGAGUCCAACCUUAGCAGGUGUACUGCUUCUCUUAGGUCAUAACCCCUGCAAAUGAGCUCUGAGGGAGGCCUUCGCUUAUAUCUAGAACUUUUGCAUUCUAUUCACUUAUUCAAGUUUGUCGGAUACUUAACAUGUUCAGGUGCUAUGCUUGACCCUUAAUCCACUUAGGCUAGUUCUUGCCUCUGUCUUCUGGCAAGUUACAUAAUUUCUGGGUAGCUGUCUUUCCUCUGUAAAAUGUGAAAGCUGAAGAUUUCAAUGACAAGUUUAAAGUGGAUGCAGCAUCUGUUAGUCACUUGGUACUCCUGUUUCCUUUUUCUCUUAAACUUUGCAUAUAUAUCAGAAUAAUGUAUGUGAAGAAUUAUGUACGUGAAGACACUAUUACAAUAAUAAAGCAUUUUCCUACAGGAAAGCCAGUAAGUCAACAAACUCUGGCCAAGUUUUUAUUAAUGACCUACCAUCCUGUUACAUUAUGGUAUUAACAGAACUUCAGGGAUGCUUUUUAAUAACCCUUUCCUGGUUCUAAGCGAAAUCUUUGUAGUAGACCACCCUAAAGUGAACAGCAAAAUUUAACAUCUUGACUCCUUUUAAUGUCUUCACUAGCAAACCAGAUAUUAAAGUGUAUUUUUAAAUGUUUUUCUUGGUACUGUUAGGUAGCAGUUAGACAUAAGCAGUGGGUCUGCCCUUUAAGAAUACUUAGUACAGAGCACAUGAGUUAAUCAACAGCUCUGCCUUGUUAGCACUCAGUGAAGUAGCUGGCAGGACAGGACCCUUCUCUGGUCUCAACCCUAUAAAGUGCUUCUCUUAGAAUAGAAGAAAGAUAGAUAGAUAAAUUCAGGAGAGGACAAGGAUGUAUUUUGCUCAUAAGGGCCUGAUUGCUAAGAUCCGUUAAGCAAGACACUACACCAUCAACCCAGAUCAGAGUUCCCCAGGCGUGGGGAAGCAGGAUGAUUGAGACUACAGCCCACCACCAUAAACUCUGUAAAACCGGUUCGGAUUAGGGCCUGUCAACCAGGCCAAGAUGGCCAAGAGCUCCCCUGGGGUUCUUAGCUAGUGUAUCUGUGAAUCCACAGCCCAUAGGUGAUAUGAGGGCAGGACCUUCUCACAAUCUCCCUUCUUGCUGGGACACAAAGAAGUGAGUUGUUACCCUCCUCCUGAGAAAACCCACUCCCUCUCUUGAGGGUGCUUUCCCCUUCUCCUUUCUCUUCUAAUAAAUUUUGCUGUACUUUCACAAGCCUCACAUCUUGCUUAAAAUUCUCUCAUGCAAGGGCACAAGAGCAGAGAACACAAGGCAAUCUCUGUUAAGAACUUGUCCCAGGUAUUGUCUGAUCUCCAUUAAUAAUACCACCGAAUCCCAACUGUAUUUCCUCAAUCAUUUACCAUCCAGUAACUAAUAUUUUAUUCUGUAUCUACUAUUCACCAUAAUCCAGUCAUUGUCUGCUGGGAUAGGAAAAGAAAAUUCUGAAUAAGUC